CCGAGGUUUAAUCAUAGAGUGUAACGCUUGCUUUUGAACGCACCUGUGUGCGUGUGUUUUUUGUUGAAAGCCAUCAGAUCACUUUAAAGCUGUGAAGUCUCGCUAAUCUUGUAAAAGGGAAUAUUCAAUAUAUCCGUUAUUCUGUGUGUGUUUCCCAUUGGAUUGAGAUUUCAAUCGAAAUUUAACAUCGCCAGAUCUACUUUGUUGUUAUUCUAUUGCUGGGAGUUAUUAUUUCUCAAUUCAAGCCUUAUUGGCAAUCAACGUAAGUAAUUUUAGCGGUUCUUUGGAGUGAGGAUUUUGCUGGACUUGAGGAGGUUACCCGUGCCAUCGUUUAGCGGGACAAGAUGACCCACCACCAGCACCAUCAGCACCACAAGAAGAGGAACGACGACGGGUCCGGGGAUGACCUGGACGAGCUCCUCUGGAACAACGGGGACACCGUCCAGAGCGUCAGCGCCAUCAACAGGGUCAACUACGACAACACCGACCCCUUCACCAUCCACCGACCCCAGAUUGAGAAGAGGAUCAGCGUGAGGGAGGUCUUCCCGGAGCCCGGGACACCGGACAAAAAGGAGGAGCCCGUCCAGGCCAAGCCGUCUCAGUCCAGGGCCCCCGUCGUGUUGAACGGCGACAAGAUCUACAAGCUGGACAUGAACAAGUUCGACGGGCCGUUACUUCUGGAGAAGAUGACCAUGACGUCAGAUGCGGGGAGCAUCAAGAGGCCAGACUCCAGCCUGACCAGAUUUGUUAAAAGGUUCGGCUGGUGCUUGACCUUCCUGAACACGGAGUUUGAUGACAUCACGUCCAUCUCCUUCUGGCGUGCCUGUCUGGCGGAGUUUGUCGGUUGCCUGCUCCUUUGUUUCUUUGCCAUUGGGAUGGGCCUCCACAUGCCCGGAACACCUGAGCCGCCUCUGCUACAGAACGCAUUGGGAGGAGGAAUGUUCCUGGGUGUCCUGAUCAGCGCACUGGCCAAUGUUAGUGGAGGUCACGUCAAUCCAGCCGUGACCGUUGGGUUCGCCGUCCUCAGGCAGAUCAGUCUUAUGAGGGCGCUAUGUUACAUCAUGUUUCAAAGCUGUGGCGCCAUAACCGGAUCCAUGCUGCUGAGGGAGUUGGUUCACCCCAACAUGACGGGGACACUCGGGGUCAUCGCCCCUCCCGCAGGAGUGGGAAGUUCACAGGCUCUGGUUGUUGAGAUGAUGAUCUCAGGGUUCCUGGUAUUCGUGAUCAUCGCUCACGUGGACAAGGGCAGGACUGACGUCAAGGGUUCCAUCCCCAUUGUAGUUGGCCUCACAAUUUUCGCUAAUGUUUUAGUUGGGGCCCCAAGUUCUGGUGGGUGUAUGAACCCGGCACGUGCUGUUGGUCCGGCUGUGGUCAUGGGAGACUUCAGUCACCAGUGGAUCUACUGGCUUGGACCCUUGAUUGGAGGGGCUAUCGGAGCACUUCUCUACGCCAAAUUUUUUGCUGUUGGGGCAAAUUUUAAAUGUUUGGUGCACUGCUGCAGCCCAAAGAAAGACACAGAGUACCACUCACUGUUGAAGAAAGCUCCAGAGAAGCUCCACAUUCAGUUGGAAAAAACUCCAGAAACCAAUGUCUAAGUGUUUUUUUUAAGGAAAUAUUCCAUUUAGCAUGGAGUAACUAAAGAGUCUAGUAAAAAAAAGAGUUUGAUGGGUUUUUUCCCCCAAAGAAAUUUAAUUUGAAUGCAGCUUGGUGAUUAGUGAGACUAUGAGCAUAAUGUGGUGAUUUAUAAGUUAAUUGACAGAAUUUGGUGAUUGAAGUGACAAUUCACUCUUUGUGAACUUGAAAAGCUGAAUUCUUGGGAGGAGGAUUUCUUUACAAAUGAUCUAAAGUUUCUCAGAUGUGGAGCAACACUGGUUUUAUACCUAGGCCUUGUAUUUUAGGCCAUACGUCAUCAAUCUAAAAGGGAUUUUUUCCCUGCCCUACAAAUAUACACACAUUUCUACUGUAAAUGUUUUAUUAAAAUAUUUGCAGGCUUUUUCCUGCUUUCUAAUGGACACAUUUUAUGUUUAUUUUUAACCUUUGUCGAAUCCUACUCAUAUUUUGAAGCCUUAAUUGUUUUAAAGACAUAUUAUUAUUUUUUUUUAAAUUUUUUAAUUUAUAUUAGAUUUUAAGCUUUUUGUCACUGACAUAAAUAUUUAUAAAAGCUGAAUAAAUUUUGUUUUGACCCAUGUUAUAAAUAUUUAUGUGAAUGCUCUCUGACUACUGUAAACACUUUUUAUGUUUGGACAUCAUUACAUUGUAAGUUAGUUUCUCUGUGGCUUAUGUUGGCUCACAAUAUGUACAUUUGUAUAUGAAUAGAAUAUACAUGUCAGGGUAAAGGUCUCAUGUUAUUUUACUCGAAGUUGAAAUUUUGAGAAAAGCUUUUCCCAUACACUGUCACUGGUGCCUGACAUUGGAGGCUUCCAAUGGUGUUUAUGUUAUAUGACAUAUAGAAUUGAGAAACAAGAAUAAGUGUUAACAAUGCCAUAUGCUACUCUCUGAUGGCAUGUUUGUUUAUUUGUUUUUGAUGUUCUUUCAGAAAUAAAUAUUUUUAUGCCCCAAACUUCAACCUCCUGCUGGGGUUUAAGGCUAUGGGCUGGGUUCAAACUGGGGACAAUCAUAAUGACAAAGUGAGUACCAGAGUAUUCUAGAAUUUCAAUAGCCUUAGAUCCUUUAGUUGAGGGGCGUGGUGGCUCAGUGGUUAAGCUCUUGGCUUCCGAACUUUGAGUCCUGGGUUCGAAUCUCAGUGAAGACUGGGGUAUUGAAUUUCCAGAUUUUUAGGGUGCCCCUGAGUCUACCAAACUCUAAUGGGUACCUGACUUUAGUUUGUGAAAUUAAAGACUAGUAGUCAUUGUUCUGGCC